UUGUGUCUGGUAGGUGGUCCUACAGGCGGCUCCGGGUUCAUCUAAGGUAACGCAGUCAGCCGCUAACCAACCCCAUGUUAAACUGUGUUAUCGCUGGGCCGCAUUGUGUCGGCCUUUUACGUGUCGAUAUUACUUGUGUUUCUUUUUUCAACGCUCUUUUUUUUUUAACGUUUCUUUGUCACUUCAAACGGCGGCGUCAAGCUAGCCAGAAUUAGCCACCGGGGUUUCAAAACAAAAGCGUGAAAGUUUCUACUUUCCACGUUCAGACGUUUCCGAAGCUGAACCCCGUUCUCACAGUAGUCUUAUCACACGGCAUAUUUAACAAAGAGAGGAAAAUGAACCAUUUUUUAUUGUAAUUCCGACUGAUAACAGCUGCGGCAUGGCCCUGCUUGUUAACGUUAACGCUGCUCGGCGCCUUAAAACUAAGCAUGAGGGGGAAAACGACCUUUAAUUGGAAAUAACUGGCUUUUGCACAUUUGUAGGUUCCAGUAUGCCAAAGGAACAGCCUUGCUUGAGCGAGCACAGUCCCUGUGCUACGUCCAGCAAGAAUGCUAAAGACAAGAACAACAGUACGGCUCUGCUGGCGAUGCGUGAUACUAAAGAUGCGGACUCCAGUGGAAGGGGCUCCCACUGCAGCUCAGAAAAAGACUCUGGCUUCUCCGACUGCUCAGACUGGCAGCAGACAGAUGUGGAGGACCAGCAUAGCAACAAAGGCCAGUCCAGAGGCAGCCAGUGUGCACAAACUUCACAGCCAACCCAAAACCAAGAGCGUGGGCAAGGAAAUCCUGGGAAUCCUACCCUGAUGCCAAUAGGCCGUGAGCCCCCCUCCGUCUACGUAAUCAAGAACAUGGUGCUGAAGCAGCCGGACACGAUCCAGAAAAGAGGUCAGGUGCUCUGGACUAACAAAAGCAGGGAGACUGGCACUUCUGGUACUCCCCAUAUGAUUCUUUUGCAGCAGCCCAGCAUGUUGCCGGCCACCCUGCAGCUCCACAAGCCCUUGUCCCGGAAGUCCAACGUUACAGGGAAGAAAAUAAACGGUACAUACUUGCCCAUUUUCAACUCCUACCCCCGCAUUGCGCCACACCCCAGCAAGAAGCCGCCUGAUAAACCUUCACCAAACGAUGAAUCCCAGAAUCUGAGCAAGAGGGUGUGUACAGAAGACAAGAAUGAUAACACAUCUCUCACCAGGAGUCUACCAGAGCAGCACCUUCAUAAGCAACCCAAAUUAGCAGUUGCAGCCUCUGUGCAGCCAUGUUCCUCUUCAACCAGAGAUAGUCUGCCCUCCUCCAGUUCCACUACUGCUUCCUCGAGCCUGGGCUCCCUAUCUGUGUCUAGUGUGCACACCACCACUUCCUCCUUCCGCGCAACAAGAGGACUUCACAGAAACAGCACCACCUUUACUCGCCACCGCCGUUUCCUCAACACAGUAGAAAUCCUCAGACAGUCAGGCUUGUUGGACAUAACAUUGCGCACCAAGGAGCUGCAGCGCCAGAGCAAUGCCACUGAGCGGGACAUUGUCCAGCUACGCCAGCACACAGAGCUACUGUGCCAGGCCGCCAGCGGCCGCAGCCUGAACGGUAUCACAGCCUGGGAGCACCUACACAGAGCCAUGGCCGAGUCCAACAGCUACCCAAGCCUCAAACUCCUGCAGAGCUUACAAAUCCCGUCUCAUCCAGAUUCUUCUGGUCAGCCACAGAGUAUUGGCACAGGUGACACCGACGGGCCACCAGCUGCUGAGAAAUCAAAUGUGCCAACGUCUCUCCUUCUCACCGCCUUACUGGAGCCAAACCAGAACUGUCCUGUAUCAGAGCAGUCUCAGUCAGAACAAAGCAGGGAGCUGGAGGCCAGCAAGGAAACCUCAGAGAAAGUCACCUUCAUGCCUCCUGACAGUUCUACCGGUUAGCACGAUCUGCAGUGCCUUCAGAAGGAGAACUAGUACUCAGGGCCAGCCAGGGGAGAACCAGUAGUCAUGUUUGGAUAUUAUGUGUGUUUUUAAUGGUUUAUCCCUGGCUGUUUAAACCUAGUUUUAUAGGGGUUGCGUAAAAAUAUCUCUGCAGGUCAACUGCAAUCUGAGGAUGACGUGAUUUUAAAAGUUACUGUACACGUCGCUGUUUUGUUUGCUUAAUUCACUUCACCGUAUUUCAAGUAUUUGACUUCUGAAAGCUGAUCCCAUAAUUGAUGCACUAAAGUGCAGUUCAUUCCCGAGGCACCAUCACCAUUACCACUGCAGACUUUAUAGAACCACACAUAGGAAGAGAGGGUCUGCGUGUCCACCACGUAAAGGAUUCUGUGAAAAUGCAAUGCGUUUCCCUACGGGGAAGAGGGCAUUUGGCUUCAGUGUAUACUGUAAGUUCGUUUGGUCAUUUUGCUGUCACAGCAGACUAGCUUUAUUCAGGGGAAAAUGUGAAUAGAUCUAUCUUCUGAAGAUAAAUGUUGAAAGAAUGGUUUCUUAUAACUUCUUUCAGUCAACAAUAGUGGUGCCUUCAAAUCAACGUAGCUGAACAGAAAGGUUCCCAGAAAAAUAAAGAGGCACUUUAAGGUAGGAACUGGUAGCACUCACGGCACAACUGGGAGCUUAGUGUUGCAGAGAAAAUCACUCUGUAACAUCACAGACUGCAUUACACUGGACUGCUGCAAGGACUUGAUUUCAAAUGAUUCUCAGCAAAGCCUUAAAAACUCUUUUUCACUUGAUAUUUUUUUCUUUACCAGGCCACAUCAUCAUCACAGGUUAUUAUAAUCAUUAUACAUUUUACAUAUACAGCACUCGUCUUUUGACAAUGGAAGCAAUUCAGACUGUAUGAAUCCAACACAGCAUCUCCAAGGUAAUCAGUUAUGCCAUUUCCCCUCACGCAGCAGCUUUGUUGUCCGUUUCGAUAGUAUCCUUUUUGUUUGCACCAACUAAUUGUUGGUGUUAUGUGGUCAUCUGUUUUGUUCAUAGAUGGAGCACAGUUUGCAUCGAGAGCUUGAGCUUGAGAGAGUUUCACAGUGUUUAAAAGUGUGUAAAAGUAUGUUGACUAAGUGUGUAUGAUUAUUUUUCUUCCAUUUCUUUGUGCUUACGUGCAUUUGGCAGACAGCACUGCCAGCAACACACACCUUUCUGAAAUUUAAAGUGGUUUAUACACCAUAUUUUUUCAUAAUUUUAAGGUAUUUAAAUAAAGCGAUAUA